UUUUUUUAAAGCCACAACCCCAAAGUGCGCCAGCCUGGCAACACGACCGCACUGUGCGCCGCCCGCCUCUGGAUGGACUGCUCGCUCCAGCGGCGUCAGGAUUACACCAUGGAAGACGUGGGGAGGGCCACUGGCAUCGAAGAAGCCUCAUUUCAUGUCAGACUCUGAAGUGCACAGAUGUUUUUAAUUUACAUUAAUAGAGCUGGGACAACAUCUGGCUGCACGAUGCCUUUGACUUCCCCAUCUAUUGUAUUGUGAGCACCGGGAGCAGAGCAGAGCGUUACCCUUCAAUGCAUCAUCUGAAUGGAAAUAUGGACACUGUCUAUGGAGGAUUUUUAACUCAACAUGUCCAGGAACUAUGAGCCCGGUCACUCAGUAGGGAUGUUGGCCGCCGUGGAACACGGUCCCAUCCUCUGCAGCGACUCCAACAUCCUCUGCCUCUCGUGGAAGGGCCGGGUGCCCAAGAGCGAGAAGGACAAGCCGGUGUGCCGGAGGCGGUACUACGAGGAGGGCUGGCUCGCCACGGGCAACGGGAGAGGGGUCGUCGGGGUGACGUUUACAUCGAGUCACUGCAGGAGGGACCGGAGCACGCCCCAGAGAAUCAAUUUCAAUCUGCGAGGACACAACAGCGAGGUUGUCCUGGUGCGUUGGAAUGAACCCUUUCAGAAGCUGGCCACCUGCGAUAUGGAAGGAGGUAUUUUUGUAUGGAUCCAGUAUGAAGGACGAUGGUCUGUAGAGUUGGUGAACGACAGAGGAGCCCAGGUGAGUGACUUCACUUGGUCACAUGACGGCACUCAAGCCCUCAUCGCAUACCGGGACGGCUUCGUGUUAGUCGGCUCGGUCAGCGGACAGAGACACUGGUCCUCAGAGAUUAACCUGGAGAGUCAAAUCAGCUGUGGCAUCUGGACGCCUGAUGAUCAGCAGGUCUUGUUCGGCACAGCAGAUGGUCAGGUGAUAGUGAUGGACUGUCACGGACGAAUGCUCGCCCACGUCCUGUUGCACGAGUCCGACGGGAUCGUGAGCAUGUCCUGGAACUGCCCCGACUUCCUGGUCGAGGACAGCACAGAGAGCGACGCAGACUCCGAUGACAAUAAACUAACACGCGGUCCCUUUCUUUUGUUGUUCCAAGUGCGGAGAGUCAAGCCUUUGUUGACAGUCACCUUCUUAUCGGGAGAUAUCAGCUUAAUGAAUAACUACGACGACCUCUCUCCCGCCGUGAUCCGCUCGGGGCUGAAAGAUGUUGAGGCCCAGUGGUGCUCCCAGGGAGACCUCCUGGCCGUGGCCGGCAUGGAGAGACACGGGCUCCCCCUGGACUCCGUCACGAGGAACGCCCUUGUUAAGUUCUACAAUGUCCAAGGAGAGCACAUCUACACUUUGGAGACGCCGGCACAGAGACCCAUCACCACCAUCUGUUGGGGUCACAGAGACUCCCGUCUGUUCCUUGCAUGUGGACCAGCGCUGUACGUGGUGCGCGUGGAGCACAGGGUGGCCAGCCUCCAGCUCUUGUGCCAGCAGGGCAUCGCCAGCGCCCUGCGAGAGGAGAAAGACGUGGGGAAGCUGAACAUGCCCUCGCUGCUCUGCUCUUACGUCACCACCGCUUUCAUACCCACCAUCAAGCCCCCCAUCCCCGACCCCAACAACAUCCGUGACUUUGUCAGCUAUCCCACGGCUGGGAAUGAGAGGCUCCACUGCACCAUGAAGCGGGCGGAGGACAGCCCCGAGACGGGCGGACCCUGCUACACUCUGUACCUCGAGUAUUUAGGAGGACUGGUGCCCAUCCUCAAAGGGAGGCGCAUCAGUAAAUUACGGCCUGAGUUCGUCAUCAUGGAUCCAAAGAUGGACAGCAAAGCAGAUGAGGUGUGCGUGAACCCCAUGAUCUCAUACACUGACAGCUGCAACUGCUCCGACUCCAGUGACAUUGAGUUGAGCGACGAGUGGGUCGGCAAGAAGUCACCAAAGUUAUCUCGAGGAAACAGGAUGAACUUGGAAUCGAGAAAAUCGCCCAAACUCUCACGCUUCAAUCAGGAAGGCCAGCGGUCGCCGCGGUUACCAACAAAGAAGCCUCCAGUUCGGUCUCCCAGUCUGACGCGUCGAGAGUUUUCUAUGGACGGGAUCACCGAGCACAACUACCUUGCUCAAGUCACAUCCAACAUUUGGGGGACAAAAUUCAAAAUCGUUGGACUUGCUUCUUUUCUCCCGGCCAACCUCGGUGCAGUCAUCUAUAAGACAAGUUUGCUUCACCUACAACCAAGACAGAUGACAAUCUACCUUCCAGAAGUGCGAAAGAUUUCCCAUGACUUCAUGAGCCUUCCUGUUUUCAACACCAACGUGUUCAGUGAGGAUGAGGAUGACUUACCAGUGAUGGGCCCAUCCGGAGUGGCAGGAGACAACCCUUCCUGUACAGUCAACAUCCCCAUCGCGCCCAUCCACAGCCCGGCUCAGGCAAUGUCUCCAACUCAGAGCAUCGGCCUGGUUCAGUCUCUUCUGGCCAAUCAGAACAUUCAGCUCGAUGUCCUGACCAACCCGACAACCACCGCUGCAGCAGCAGCCGCAGCCGCCGCAGCAGCAGCAGCAGCCGCAGCCGCAGCUUCUGUCCCCGUCACGGAUCACGGGCAGGAUGCAGUUCCAUCACCGUAUCCAGUGCCGGCUAGAUACUCGAACCCCGGUCAAGUGAUCUUCAACGGGCUGGAGAUGGGUCCUCUUCUUCCUGGUACUCUUCCUCCGCCUCCGCCGCCUCACCACCUCCCGCCGCAGCGCCCCCAUUCGCAGCAGCCUCGCCAACUGCCGUCCAAGCAGUCGCAGCAGAUGCAGUCGCAGCAGAUGCAGUCGCAGCAGAUGCAGACGCAGCAGACGCAGCAGAUGCAGACGCAGCAGAUGCAGACGCAGCAGAUGCAGACGCAGCAGAUGCAGACGCAGCAGAUGCAGACGCAGCAGAUGCAGACGCAGCAGCAGAAAAUGCAUCAUCAUCAACAGCAGCAGCAGCACCACCAUCAGUCCCAAAUCCAGCAGCAGCAUCAGCAGAUGCAGCGGCAGCACCAACAGAUGCAGCAGCAACUGAAGAUGCAGAUGAUGCUGCCCCCUCCUCCGUCCGGCUAUCCGACCAUUUCGUUGCACCAGAUCCACCUUCUGCCUCCGCCUCCCACCACGGAGCCCGGGUUCAGGGGGGAGCACGCGCACACUCUGAAGCCAAGUCUGCCACGGACUUUACCUCCCUUCAUCGAAAUGGACGGAGCGAUGGAGAUUCAGAUGCGGAAGGUGAAUCCUCCGCCUCCGUACCCGGGCACCGUGGCGUCCGCGGCGACGUCUACAGCCGUCGCCGCGCCCCAAACUCUUGUCACGAACUGUGACAGCCCGAGCGUCCUGUCACCGGACCCGUGCCAGAAGAAGGAGGAGUUUUUGCUUCACCCCGUCUCUUUACAGUACCCGACACCCCUGGGGUACGAGAGGAUCACGACCUUCGACAGCAGCGGCAACGUGGAGGAGGUUUGCCGGCCGCGCAGGCGCCUUGUUCGCAACCAGAACACGUACGCCGUCCACGGCAUCGGAGGCUCGGCCACGCUCAAAGUCACAUCCUCUGAGAACAAGAAAAUUCAGCUUCCCUACAGCUCGGCGACGUUGAGUCGUCUCUCCGUCCCUCGAUACUCAAUACCGAGCGGAGACCCUCCUCCUUACCCCGAUCCGGCCAAUCAAGCGACUGCUACACUCCCUCCGCCCCAGAGAAUCGAUAGCAGUCUGAUUCACGCCACUCUCCGUCGUGACCGCAGGGACGUGGGGCUCAAAGUGCCACAGAUGAUGGAGAGCUCGAGAACCCUCCCCACCAAGGCUAAAAUGAACAGCGCGCUGGCACUCACCUACCAGCAGAGGGUGCCCACGGCGUUGUACACGUGCACACAGUGCAGCAGCCACAGCAGCAGCACCAGCGUCAGCGUGAGCGGCGGCGGGACGACGAGCAGCGGCAUCGCAGGCGGCACGGUGGUGAGGCAGGACUUCCCGCCGGGGAAAGGGGCGCAUCACAGCACCAUCAUCGUGCACUCCAAGAGCACCUCGCCCAUGGCCUCUCAGUCGUCUUACAGUCUGCUGAGCGCCGUGGACAACAGCAGGGACCGCACGGUGUACGUCAACUCCGCCUUUACCGAAGAUGAGACCCUGAACCAGCAGUGUCACCUUGAGAAGGCCGUGCGCCAGCUGACUCUCGGCGAUGUCAGUUUGACGGUUAAACGCCCUCCGCCUUACCAGUGGGACACUUCCACCGCCGAGGAGUUCUGGCUCACUCCAGAACAAACAAUGUUAGGUCCUCCGCCGGGGCCUCACAAACCGCCUCCGCUCAUCAUCAGUCAAGCCCAGCACUUGGACAUGACCCGGCUACCGUUCGUCCUCACGACUAAACCUCCGACCAGUCAGACCACGGGCACUCUGACUUUCCCCUCCGGUUACCAGAUAUCCCUCUCGCCUUUCCCCCCGGGUGUGGGUCACGGCGGUCCUCCGCUUCAGACCUUGCAGAACCCUCCACCAAGUGAAGUGGUUGGCUCGGUCCCCUUUUCUCAGCAGGAACCCAACGUGGUCUUGCCACCAGGCUAUCCUCCGAGUCUCGCCAACUUGGCCUGCUGCCCUCUCCCUCCGAUGUAUCCGGGAGCCAGCUCAUGUGCCGGACUCCAGCUGCACCCCGUCAGCCUCCACCCCUGGAACCCUUACCCCUGCCCGCCCCCCAUGCAAGACCCUCCAGCACCUCCCCUCCCGACCAAAACGCAUCAGAUUUUAGAGAAGCCGAUCCUCUCGCCGCCACCUCCUUCCGGGCCACCGCCGCCACCACCUCUCCCGCCUCCUCCUCCACCCACCGAGCUACCGCCGCCCAAAAGUUCCACGGAGGAGCAUGCGGAGUCGGCCAACAACUUCCUGGAGCCGUCGUCUCUGCACGACAGCCCCGUGCCACAGGAGUCGGAGCGCUUCAACAAGAAGAGCCGCAAGAGGCUGGACAGCAGGGCCGAGGAGGCCAACAUGACCACCGUCUCCGAGGGCAAAUCGAGAAAGGAAGGCCGCGCGCUCUCCGACUUCAACGCUCUCAUUUCCAGCCCGCGGCUCGGCAGCAGAGAAAGGAAGAAGCAGCCCAAGGGCCAGAGAGAGCAACUCAAUAAAACCAAGAAGAUGAGCCGGACCACCAACGAGUUCCAGGACAGCUCGGAGAGCGAGCCGGAGCUGUUCAUCAGCGGCGACGAGCUCAUGAACCAGAACCAGAGCAGCAAGAAGAGCUGGAAGAACAAGCGCAGCCUGCGCAUGGCGAGCGAGCUGGAGGAGAUAAAGUGCCGCAAGGCGAACGAAAGAGAGGACCGCAGCUUGGGAAGCCAAGGGUUCGUCUACGUCAUGGCCAACAAACAACCGCUGUGGAACGAGGCCACACAGGUCUACCAGCUCGAUUUCGGAGGACGGGUCACGCAGGAGUCGGCGAAGAACUUUCAGAUUGAGCUGGAUGGUAGACAGGUGAUGCAGUUUGGCCGAAUUGAUGGGAAUGGCUACAUCCUGGAUUUCCAGUAUCCUUUCUCAGCGGUGCAGGCGUUUGCUGUCGCCUUAGCUAACGUGACUCAACGACUGAAAUGAAAAAAGUUUUUUUUGUGUUGUUGGAGACUAAUUAAAUAAGAAGCCACAAUGGUCCAGCACCCCCAGUGUGUGGGAAAGUGUCAGUGUUGUGGUCGUUCUUUUUAAAUAUACCAGAUGGUCUUGCACAUGCAGGUCGAAGGCAACACCAGAAUAGGUCAGCGGUGAUGGAGCCUGCAUCAGUUAUUCCAUCAUUUCUAGUUCAGAUGUUGAAUGUACUAAAUUUUAUUUAUUAUUCAGAUGUUAAAUAGUGAAGUAAAACAAAAAAUCGACCUAAUAAGGUACAUGUUGGAAUGGAUUUUAAGCAGUGUGGAGGGUUUAGUGUGGCGUGUGGAGCCAAAGACUUCUUCCCCUCUCUUAAAAAUGAUGGCUAAUUCAAUGUAUUUCAAACGAAUUAAUAUUUUUAUUUAUGUUUGUGAGAAAAAGUAUACACAGCAAAAUAAAGAAAAUACGUCUGUCCAAAAAAAAAUUGCUAAUGCGUUUUCACCGAGCCAGAUCUGCACUAUUUUAAGUAAUUGGGUAUAUAAAUGAUCAGGUUUUAUUUAUUUUAUUUUUUUUCCUCCACAUACAUUUAUUUUGUAUUUUUAUUCUUCACCUAAAUCUAGUUUGUUCAAAAGAAAUUAUUUUUAAUCUUUAGUUUUUGUAAAUGUCCUCUUCAUUAUUUUUCAAAUUGCUGACCAUGCAAUAGAAGAAUAUAUUGAUUCUGUAACUGCUACAUGGAAGAGUUGCCCCCCCCUCCCAGUUUAUCAUGGUUUGCAUAUUUUCUAUUCAUGAUACUUCUAUGAAGUGGUGCGAUUACCAUCGUAAACUAUAUUCACUUUUUCAUUUCCAAAUGUGUGAGUAAUGGACUACAGUGAGUCUAUUAGGGCCAAAUAGUCCAAAUGCAGGAAUACGGUAGAAAAUGGUCUCAUCCCCACCAACAAAAUAUGUGCAUAAACGCUCAUUUUGAUCUCAAACUCGGUUGCCUCCAUGUUGUUUUCAUUGGGUGUUUAUGCCGCUGCUACAUCAGUACUUUGCCUUGUUGGAAACCAGUGCUGCUUUAGAUAGAGCUCGUGUGCAAUAACGCUACUUACAUAGAACUGAUGUUGUACUUGCAAAAGAAAAAAAGAACGCUGCUUGCACUGUGUAUUUUAUUAGUAAACGACUUGACAUUAUUAUAUGCUUCGACAAAUUGUGCUUAUGUGUUGCUGAUUUCCGUAAUUUUGUACUUCACCUUUUGCUUCAACAUGUUUUUUUUAAUUAUGUUAAACUUAGAAGAAGAAGAAAAAAGAAGGAGAAUAAUAAACUCGCAACGGUAAUUAAUGCAACUUGUUCACAAGUUGCCAGGAGGAGUGAGAUUUCGUGUAGAUUUGGUGCUAAUGUACAAAGAAACAAAUGUGGAAAAAGGACAUUGUGUUAUUUGAUAAAACAUGGUUGUUGUGUCGUGUGCUAAAAGAAGGUUAUUUUAAAGAAUAUGAAGAAAGUAUUUUAGGAGAGGCGAACAGAGUUUUCAUUUAAGAGCUUUUCAUUUAAUGCGGCUUUAGAGGUUCCAGCGACAGCGUGUGUCAGUUAUCAGCAAUACUGCCUAAUCAAUAGUUGGUUGCCUGAAUUUAUUCUUUUUUCUCUUAUUUUGUGAAACAAAUCCGAUGUGACCGAAGGUUUACAUGGACCUAUCGGCCAAAAUGUAAUAAUAAAAAAAAUACAUGGUU